CACCACCACCACACCCACGCGCGCGCUGGGGAGGGGUUUGUAGCCUAAGGAAGCUAAAUAAUAAAUGAGGUAAAAAAAGUGAAUUUAACGAGUGAGGGGGGAAACACACCCCCCUCCUCCUCCCAGCGGUAAUAAAUUGAUGUCCGCACCACGCGCACGGUGGGGCUGCGUGGGAGGAAUGAGGCGACUUCGAGAGGCGACAUCCUCCGUGGGACGCACGGCACGGGGACACCGCGUGCGCACGAGAGCGGAGCCGUCCGCCGCAUGCACGCGCGCGUGAAGAGAGAAGCUCUCUUCUCCCUCGCUCUCUCUUCUCCCUCGCUCUCUCUUCUCCCUCGCUCGCUCGCCCCCCCCCCCCUCUCGCUCGCUCUCAGUCUUCGCGAGUUCCCCGAGGGUCGGACGCGGCCGUGCGACUUGGCACUGCAUGCGGCACGCGACCAUCCCUCCCUGCAGCCGCCGCCGCUGCCGCCGCUGCGCGCGAUGCGGAUGACGGCUCUGAGCCUCGCUUGCUGCUUCCUAGCGCAGGUGGCGGCUGCGCUCGAAGCUGCGAGCUCACAAGUAUCGCGCCCCCCAGUGCUCGUGUACGCGUUGGGGGGCUCCGUGUACGCGGUGAACGCCGACGGCACGGGGCAGCGGCGCCUGGCGGACCCCGCGUGCCCCAGCCUGCUGCUCGCCUCGCACCCGGCCGAGGAGCGACUCUACUGGGCCUGCGCCAGCUCGCACGCCGUGCAGGCGGUGCGCGUGGAUGGGACGCAACAUCAGAAUGUUCUGCUGGUGAACGGAGCCAUUGCUGGGCUAGCUCUUGACUGGGUUACGAAUAAAAUCAUCUGGAGCGACAGAGACAAGGGGACAAUUGAAGAGCAUGACCUGGGCAGUGGCGUCAGGAGGCGGCUCGUGGAGAAAGCCACUCUACCCACCAUCCUGGCACUCGACCCCAUAAACAAGCGCUUGUUCUGGGUGUCGGACAGCGUCACCGCCCCCGGGAUAUGGCGAAGCAGCCUGGAGGGCUCGUCGCCGUCGCGGGUCCAGCGUCUCGCCACGAGGGCCACGGCCCUCGCCGUCGACCCAGGCCCUCGCCGCUUCUUCUGGGCCGAGGGCACGGGGGGACCGCCAGCGCACGGCUUCAUCCGCUCGGCGCAGUACGACGGCAGGAACGGGAAAUCCUUCAGGCUGCCCACGGGCUCCCAGCCGGCGGGGUUGGCCGUGUGGGCCCGGGACAUCUACUUCGCGGACGGGGCCACGUCCACCAUCGUCCGCCUGGACAGGAGGACCGGCGGACACACGGUGUCCGUGGUGCCCGGCCCGCCCUCCCUCCGCCUCGGGGCCAUCAGCCUCGUGCCGCAGGACCCGCGCUCCCAGGCGACAGACCCAGAACUGCAGCCGUUCCUAUUGUUCUCCAACGGCGUGCGAAUGAUGAGGAUCAACUUUGACGGCUCGGGGUUCCGGAGCAUCAGGGAGGGCCUGAGCGUGGGGCAGGUGGCGGCUCUGGACUACGAUCCCGUUGAGCGCAAGGUGUACUUUGUGAGCUCUGCCACGCGGAGCAUUGAGAGGAUGGACAUCGACGGCAGUGCGAAGGAAGUGCUCGUGGCCUCCAACCCAAGCCUCCCGCUAGGCCUCGCCGUCGACUGGCUGCACAGGAAGAUGUACUGGACCCUGCCCAGGGUUUUCCGAAUCGAAAUGAGCAACCUGGACGGCUCGGAGAGGAGGAUAUUUUUUUCGCAGGCCGGCGCGCGGCCCCGCGCUAUAGUCGUGCACCCCACAGUUAGCCGUGUUUUCUGGACGGAGGUGGGAGCGCGCCCGCGCGUGGCGAGCGCGGCGCUGGACGGCGACGCGGUGAGGGAGGUUGCGCGGGGCUUGCUGGCGGUGCCCGCGGGUUUGGCCGUCGACCGCUGCUCGUCGAGGCUCUUCUGGAGCGACCCGCGGCGUCGCGUCAUCGAGGUGGCCGCGCUGGACGGGACGGCGCGCCGCACGCUCGCGCAGACCGGCGCCGAGGCCGUGGACCAGCUGGCGGUCUACAGGGACAGCGUGUGGUUCACGACGCUGGCGCGGCGCACCGUCGUGCGACUCGACAAGCACUCGGGCCGCCGCCUCGUGCACAUGCAGGGAGACUCCAUGCGGCCCUCGGCCAUCGUCGCGGUGCCGCCCGUCCCCAAGUCCGGGACGGUCAAGCGAUUCCUGGAGCUCUCCGGCGCGCAGACGGCCUGCGGCGAUCACGUCGGCGGCUCUCCUCCAGCGGCCAACGCAUCGGCGCCGUCGCCGUCAAUCCGUGCGGCCACCAACACCGCGACCGUGGCCGACCGCGGCGACGAGGCCUCGGUUCUCCCGCCGUCCCCCGUGAGAACGGAACACGGCGCGGAGAACAACGGAACGGAGUACAACGGAACGGAGGUCGGCGAAGGGAGGGGUCCCGUGACCGCCGGCUGCAGGGCCUGCAUUCCUGACACCGCCAGGCGGGGUGGAUCCGACGGCUGGAACCGGACGGCGGAGCCCGGCUGCCGGGACUGCGGGAGUAAACCCCGGGGCCACUUCGCCGACUGCCCCGAGCACUUUCGACACUUCUGCCUUAACGGCGGCGACUGCUUGCUCGUCGUGCAGCUCAACAAGCCCAUGUGCAAGUGCGUGGCGGGGUUUGGGGGCGAGCGGUGCUCCUCCUUCAACAUCGAGAGCUACGACGCGCAGGGCGCCGGCGAUCGGCAGUGGCUGGCGACGUCCCUGGCCGCCGUCGGACUCGCGCUCCUCGUGGCCGCCGUCGCGGCCUGCGUCCUCUGCAUCUGCAGGAAAUGGAGGGAGAGGACGGAACACUUAGCACAGUGGAAUAUUAAACAGCUUCUCGGGAAGGCAGAUGGCAAGCCUGCCACAACCGAUACAACGCCCUCUCCGGCAGCAGCAGCCGCCGCCGAAUUGAGUUUGAAAGGCGCCGAAGUGAUUUGCAGUUGACGAGAAAAAGAGUGUGGGCCAUUAUAAAUCUACCGCGAGCCAAACCGAAUUUCUACUGAUUUUUACAGUCGCUCAAAAGUCACCGGUGGAGUCUCGAGCAUGAAUAAUGAAGGAACCGGAAGCUGGGAUUGUUCUGCAAACAAUGAGGUGUUAUACAGAGACAACUGCACGUUGGAAAUAUUGUACUCUCCACGAAUGAUUGUACUCUCCGUGAUGGGAUUGUACAGACUCACGCUGGCGCGCAGUAGAACACCAACACUAUAAUGGAAGCAUCCAAGAGAAGAUGGACAUUUCAAAAUGUAACCUCAACUAACCUAUUUUUUGUUUACCAGGUAAGGCCCACUGAGCUAUGUAAAAUAUUUUUCAGAAGCGACCUGACCGCUCAACGAAGUGGCUUCUCACGUGGACAUUUCUCGCAGCCAAAUACUCCAAACGCGUGAUUCUAAAUGUGUAGGACCGGGAGAGAGAUGCACGUGACUACGGAGUGAGAGAGACACGCAAACUCCAACUAUAUGCAGCAGGCGUCAUGAUCGGGAUGAAACCCACGAGCUCCCCCACACCAGGACAGGGAGUUCGUAUCUUGCCUCUGCAGCGCCGCUGCCAGUAGAACGGGCUGGUACGUUCCCAAGCCUACCAAACCCACACAUGGCUCCUCGUGGCGGUAGGUAAGGAGGCAUCGUGGGUGAUGUUGGGAUCAGUUCAUUUCCCACCGGGUGUCAUUUUCCCAAGUUUUGGUCAGGAUUCUUUUUUUAAAAUAUUUAAAAUAUUAAACUUUUACCUCGUGGAUGUGACAAUGCAAUGCUUGCGAAAGUCAGACAACCCGUAAGAUAAUUAUCGGAGAGACGAAGGCGAAUAAAACACUUUGCGCGGCUGGUGUUCUACGCAAAUGCACUUAACAUUGUCGUCUUCGUGGCUACUUGUACACUCAUGAACAAGUUUUACUUGUGAGUUUCGGCGUCAUUUUUAGCGCUGGGGAAAAUGCUAACGCUACGUGUUUAUAGAAAAAAAAAGGUUUUAAAAGAAAAACCUACCGUGUUCAUAGCAACUAAAAGCUGAUACAGGCUACGGUGUGCGGUGACACAACAGGCUGGCUUCUGUUGAUGUUGAUGAUGAUGUACAAAUUAAUGAAUGGAGCGCAAUGCAACGCUGCGGACUGGGAACCAUGGCAGCUGUUGUUGUGCACUUGAGCGCUCCACCGAAACCCCCUCGCAGCUGCAACACACACAUGUAAAGGGGUCAAGAAUAACUAGUGAACAAUGUAAAAACUAAUAUAAACAGAAUGCUGUUAUGUGUCUCCACUGAACAAGCAAUGUCGUCGUCGAGCCAACGGUCUUUUCUGGAUUCCCAGACCAACGCUAUCCAGCAGCAGCAUAAUUUUCUUAAGCAAGCAACCCCCUGUAGUGUUUGCAAACUAUGAGUCUUGUUCAAAGCAAGCAAACUGGCGUUUGAGAAAUCACACGAAUGCUGCUGCAGGAUUCAUAUCGGUCUGGAAAGUCAACAGGCCGAUGCAGUGAGCUGUUUCUGGGUGGACACACAGAAUGGUUCGCGUGUUUAUAUUUGUGCGUUUGCUAGGGUUGUUGUUAAGUAGUGGUCGCAUAACAAAAGAAUGGUAUAUAUU